AGAACUCUCCUAAUUUUCACCCACAUGAUCGACAUUGGGGAGUCAUUUAUGAUUUAUGAGCGUUUUCCUGAACACCGAAUGGGUCUGGGACGUCUAGUUGCAAAUGCAUCAGCUCCAACAAAGCAUCUAAAUCAAAUUCUUAUCAAUCGUCAUCGACCACGUCAGGGAAAUCCCAUUCAUCAUCCAAACAUCCACGAAUAUCCAUUUAUCAAGGCACUGCCGCGUAAACGAACAUCGGCGGAUCUCAGUAAGAACAUCUCAAUGCUACUGGAGAAUCUCCUCAAGAGCUACUCAAAUUCCCAGCUGCCAACACACGGGGAGGGUGUGCCAACUGUCGUUAAAACAAAUAUCCUGAUCAGGAGCAUGGGACCCGUGUCGGAGCUGGACAUGGAUUACUCAAUGGACUGCUACUUCCGGCAGUACUGGCGCGACAAACGUUUGAGCUUCCAGGGCCCCAUUAAGAGUCUCUCACUCAGUAUCUCCAUGCUGUCGAGAAUCUGGAAGCCAGACACCUAUUUCUACAAUGGCAAGCAAUCUCACGUGCACACAAUCACGGUACCCAACAAAUUGCUGAGGCUCAGCCAAGAGGGGGACAUUCUCUACUCCAUGAGACUUACAAUCAAGGCCUCCUGCCCGAUGGAACUGAAGAACUUCCCCGUAGACCGGCAGUCUUGUCCCUUGAUUCUCGGUUCGUACGCCUACACAUCGCGUCAGCUCGUCUACGAGUGGCUCACGAGCGACAGCGUCGACUUCAAUCCGGACAUGACGCUCAGUCAGUUCGAUCUGAUUGACUUCCCCCAGAGCAAUUUUACAUUCAUCCGCCGGGAAGGGGAAUUCUCCGUGCUUCAGGUCUCCUUCAAUAUGCAACGGCAUGCUGGGUACUUCCUCAUUCAAGUCUAUGUCCCGUGCAUCCUCAUCGUUGUGCUCUCAUGGGUUGGUUUCUGGAUUCAUCGAGAAGCAACGAGUGAUCGUGUUGGGCUUGGCAUCACGACUGUGCUCACGCUCAGCACAAUUAGUCUGGAUUCCCGGAAGGACCUACCCAAGGUGCGAUAUGCCACAGCCCUGGAUUGGUUCCUCCUCAUGAGCUUCUUCUACUGCAUCGCUACACUGUUGGAGUUUGCUGGGGUUCAUUACUUCACAAAGGUGGGAAGCGGAGAGAUCCCAGUAGAUGAGGAUGAAUGGGAAGACAUUGGGGAGCCUGUGGAGAAAAUUGGCGGAAGAUUGUCUAUUCAGGUGGAAUCACCGCAGAGACUCCUUGCCGCCAGACGCAGAUCUUCCCUCAUUUGCCCAAUCUACAACGACACCACACUCUUUCGCCCCUCGAGCUCCAAAGUCUCCACAAUGGAGCGCACAACACAAACAGAUCAACCCAAAGCACCCAAAUGGAAGCAACUCUGGCUCUGUAUUCUGGGAGACGAUAAAUUCCGCCGAAUGCGACAGAGAGAAGCCACCCGGAAGGAUAGAUCAACGCGACACGUGAAUAGCGUUUCCCUAAUUGACAGAGUGGCCAGAGUAAUGUUCCCUCUGUCAUUUGGGAUGUUCAACCUCAUGUACUGGCUUGUCUAUGUAACCUAUCAGGAAGAUGACUUUCCCUGGACCACCACAAACUAAAUCCCAUUGUUAAAUCAAAUUGAACAAUAGCUUAUUAUUGAGGGCCUUUGCGGCAGUAUAAAUCGUGUUACAUAAAUUAGGCAGGAAAUAGAGGUGAUCAGAGG